UGGAUAUUAAUUUAGCAACUGAAUCUUGACAUCAUCAUCCAAAAACGGGGCCGACUCCAAUCCUAGAGAAGGGUGAACGGAGCAAUCUCGCAAAAUAGGAUCAAUCUAAGGAUUACCAGCAGGAUUAGAAGAAUCAGUGCAGUGGAAGUGUGAAAAAUGAUCCCAUGCUAUAAAGGGAUGUAUAGAUGAAUGGUUCUUAGUGGAAAUCAGCGCUAUUGCAAACCAUGUAGAAAACAACUGACGCGACCCUCCGAAAAAGUGUUCAAUUGAGCGCGGCGACAGUUCCACCACGCUCACGUGCUAAUGAAAUGUCGUCGUCCCUGCGUCAGCGUCGUCUCGUCUUCGUCAGAUGAUACCGAGUAGCAGCAGCAGCACUAGCAGCGGCCAACACCAGCGGGUUUCCAGUCCACCGAAGACCCUUCCGACGCCUCCGAACAAAAGCUGCGUGAGAGGUGAGUGGGACUCGGGAACUGUGAAACGUCGACCCUCAUCGCUGGGAUCCAAAGAGGAGACACCCCCAGACGAGCAGCAGUGCAAAGAUGAGGGCCGUGGAGGUGUGCCGCAGUUUGGAGGUGGCGACGAGGAUGGAGGGAGUUUUCCUAAUAGAGGAAACAUGAAAAGUGCGAAACAGUCCAAAAUUGCGGUGCUUCGACAGAAGGUGGUUGAUGAGAGCAAAAAAGCAAAGAGUCCCCCAUCGACAACAGGCUCCAGAAUCUCCGUGUUUCAGAAAACAUCCAAUCUACUGACGAAAACAACGAACGACAAUAAACCGACGUCUCAGCAAAAACUUAAAAACAACAUAAUCCCUCCGAAAAAGCUAGUCAAACAAUCAACAUCCAGCGCCAGUGCCAGUGGGGUCGAAGGAGCAGGAGGAGGUCGUGGUCUGAAAAAAGUCUCUUUUAUCGCUGGCCUUUCGGUGGAGGGAGCCCCAAUCAAGUCCAGCACGGUGAAAGCGAUUGUACGCUCCCGACAGCAAUCCCUCAGUGACACCGGCGUACAGUUUAAAGAACUUUAUCGGGAUUUUCCGGUGGGGGGAAACAAUUCUGCUCCGUCAGACGGGGAUCAAGUUAAUCUAGCCCCUCCGCCGUUGCCGCCCUACCGAGAACCUCCACCCCCACCACCGUCGUCAUCCACGUCGGCAGGAAAGGUGCUGCUGGAAGUCAUCCAACAGGAUCUAAUUUCGAUGGAACCUGUCAGCAAGAAUGAAGACGUCAUACCGAAAGAGGCCAAAGAUAGCAGCAAGUCGAAACUCAAGGGAUUCGGCAGCCUCGGUAAGCUGAUAUCGUCUUCCACGGGACUGGGGGAGAAGAAAAGCAAUAAUUAUGUGACACUGCCGUCCUCGCCCAAAAUUAGUAAAAUGUCUUCCAAAGGCCCGGUGGAACUGCCUGCUCCACCGGCGCCAGCACCACCUUCGCCACCGUCUACUCCGGAAGCUGUCGGCGAAGGUAAACGGGAAUUGUCUCCAGACGAUAUCCCCACGAAACCGGAGUUUUCCUCAUUACUUUUGAAGAAUUUACCGGUUAGACAGAGGAAGGGAGCCGUUCCUCAUUUAGAGAAUUAUUGUUUGUUUGACCCGUCGGUUGAUUUCUUCAACGAGAAAGAGCACAAAAUGAGGACGAUUCCGGAAACUGUCGAGCUGGCGGAUCCUCUGAUUUAUCAGAACCCUUUGAUCUAUGACGCGGUAGAUCGGGAUUCCGAUAACUAUUUUACAAUUGAACCGGAAUCGUUUGACGUUGAAGCGAGGAAUCGUCUUUCCCUGGAAAAAGUGGAAGAGAAAAUUGAUGAAAUUUUCAACAAAACUCGGACGUCUUCGUCUUCAAGCGGUUCAAGUCCCGACUACCCGUCCAUGGUGAACUCGGUAAUUGAAACUCCCUCCUCGAACUUGGAAUCAACGGACGAAAGUGAUUAUGGAUUCCGGAAUCGUUUGAUUGAACAGCUCCAGGUAGUCCCGAAAUCAAUAUCCGGUUCCAUCAGUGGCGACCAGCAGGAGUCCUCGUACUACGGCGUGGUAACGAAAACAGCUGUCUCUCAAUUCGAACGCCUCCACCGGCAGCAAUCGGCCUCGCUUCCGAAUUCACCCCUGCUUCAACAGCGAAAAAGUGAUGAAUCAUCGUCCUCAUCGCCACCCUCAUCCUCGGCCAAAACUACCGAUUCGUCCUCUAACGAACCAUCCUCUUCAGCUCAUGGGACACUUUGCUCCGAAGAACCACUCUCAUGCAGUCCCCCACCCCCAGCACCCGCAUCAUCACAUCCCACCUCCACCAACAGGACAACACUCACGUCGACGAAAAUUAAAUCAGACCCGCCCGUCGUCAGCAAGGUUAAUUUCCUUCCGUUUCUGUCGUUCGACCCGCUCAAGUCCAGCGUGUCGCUGCCGCACCUUCAGAGGGCACCCGCCGGUGCCAUCAGCAAACACGGUGGCGGCGGUGGCAGUGGAGUCCCAUAUCGCAACGCAUCCCUCGACUCGACUCCGCUGUUCAACCGCCUGAGGAAGCAGAGGCCACUGUCGAAUCAUAGUGAUGCGGAUAGUGGUUUUCUUAGUCCGGCCACGCCGCCCGAUUCGACCGGGCAAAGCAUUCAGAAUCAGAUUUUAGCUGCCGACCAGCAGCAACGACAGCAGCAGCAGCAGCAGCAGGAGCAAGUGAAUAAUAGUGAUACGGUGGUAGUGUUGGAGCAGUGUGACAGCAUCCAGGAGCUGAUACAGAUCUACACCGACUGGGCCAACUACUACCUGGAGCGGGUCAAAUCGAAGAAGAAGGUCUCGGAUCUGUCCGCCGACUGCCGCGAUGGCCUGCUGCUGGCCGAAGUGAUCGAAGCGGUCACCACAUUCAAAGUACCUGAUUUGGUGAAGAAACCAAAAACUGCCCAACAUAUGUACGACAACGUCAAUUCCUGUCUCACCGUUCUGAGACAGCAUCAGGUUAGCGGUCUCGAGUCGGUCACCCCAAACGAUAUCUGCAGUGGACGACUGAAAGCCGUACUCUCGCUAUUCUUCGCUCUGAGUCGAUAUAAGCAGGCGACCAAGCAGAAGGCAGCAGCGGCCGCAGUAGCAGCGGCAAACGCAGCAGUGACAUCAACCACCGGUUUCAUUGCUCACCAACAGUUGCAGCAGCAGCAGCAACAGCAACAACAGCAAACCAAAGUCGAAAUCCAUGCACCGCCGGCCGAUAUGACCAACCGACAACUGCCGGUCCCGUACACCAAACCGGGGGUUAAUGGAGGCACGGCCAUUCCGCUGCCGGCGACCGUUAUGGUCACCCGGCGAUGUCCACCGGAUAAAGUGAGACCUUUGCCACCGACGCCGAACCAGCAGACGGUCUCCGGCCGCCACAGACGACAUGCAAGAUUCCGGCCAGUCCCUAUGCGACCCAGCAAACCGGCAAUGUUGGGACCAACCACAUCAACAAUAACAACAACAGCAGCGGCGGUAGUGGCAAUAGCAAUCACAACAACAACGUCACCCUAAUCCCAAAUGGGAACGUUACCAACAUCCCCAACAAUCCGACGACGCAUCAGAAGCAAUCGAUGCUGGAAAAGUUGAAAUUGUUUAAUAGCAGCAAGGAGAAGCAGGAUAAAACUUCCAAAUCGACCAUUUCCAAGCGGACCAGCUCGAGCAGUGGCUUUUCCUCGGCUCGCAGCGAACGGAGCGAUUCCAGCUUAAGUCUGAACGAGGGUACAGCUCCUUUGGGGGGAAAAGCGGGCAAAGGGGAGUCUGGAUUGGGGAAGAAAUCGGACACUGCCAACAGUAGUGCCAAAGUUAAAUCAUCAAAGCUCAUAUCAUCAAAGUCCAGUUCGAAGGAUGCUUCCGGAUCGAAGCUAUCAGGGGUGGGAAAGCUGGGCGGGGACAAGAGUAAAGCAGGGAAGGAUCAACCUCACGAUACGCACAUUCCGAUCACGGCACCGAAGGCGCACAAAAUUCCGACGGCGACGGCCAUGGCGACAGCAGCCAACGCCACCGGCGGAGGCCAGCCGCCGAAGACCGCAGAAUCCAAACUUAAACCUGCCUCUGUGGGAGGUACUGGCAGCAGAAAACUCGAUGCAAAAUCCGAAAGUAAAACUAGUUUGUUGCAAUUUCAACAGCAACAGCAACAACAACAACAACAACAACAACAACAGACACAGUUGCAACCUCCGAAAACGAUGGUGGCACCACCGUCAGUCAACACUGGGAUUCCGAAACCGAUGGCCGCUGUGAAGGGAACGAGCAAACCGUCGCAGCCUCAGCCAGUGCUUCAGGACAACAACAAAAAGGAUGAGCUGUUGAAGCUGGAUCGCGCCCUGGCCGGGUUCGGAGGUCAUCAGAAUGGCUUGAUUUCUCCGCAGCACCUUCCCAACAACAUAUCAAACAACAAUAGUGAUCGAAUUAACGUGGUGAAUACGAUCAGUGUUAGUGGUAAUAACAAUGUGUUGAAAAUGCCGUCGCAGCAGGCCAUUUCGAGCUGCAUGAGCGACAGCAUGCACUCCAAUUCGACGCAGGGUGCUUCGAUCGGCCAACACUCGAACUCCAGCGAGUCCAGCAGUGUCGUCUAUCGUCCUAGCGGAUCGGAGAGUGGCUCCGAACUCAUCUCUAACCUCAGUUCCCCGCACAAAUCAUCGCCAUCUUUCCUCUUCAACGAUGUCAAUUUGAACAACAAUAAUAACAAGUUCAACACCGUCCCCUCGAAGAUCCUCAACACUUCCAACCCAACCCAAAAUGGGACCAUCUACGAGCAGGACGAAAAGCAGCUGACCGUGGUCCCGAUGCGACCGCUGCUUCGCGGGUACAACAGUCACGUGACGCUGCCGACGCGAGGAACCCGCGGCGCCGGUCAUCAUCACUACCUGUCGGAGUACUGCGAGGACAUGGGCGGACAGGGCUAUUGCAGCGAUGGGGACGCCCUGAGGAAGAUCCCUCAGCACGCACGCUACUCGGACUCGAUGGACAAUGGGUAUCUGUCGGAGGGGGGUGGCGGUGGAGGUAACAUGAUGACACGCCAGCAGUACAUCAGCUCGCUGAGGAAUCGGACGCCGCUGCCCACGACUAUCGAGGAACGAUGUCGUAGCAGUCGAGGUGACAAUCUGGAUAGUGUCGGAACGGGUCCAACCGGAACGACGACCAUGGAUGCGAUGAAUGGCAAAAUUUCACGGCAACAGAACGGAUCCGGACGGGAAUACUGGGGGCGAAUGCCAGAACCUCCCUCAAACGGACACGCCCAAUCGCAACCGCCAUCCAGCAAUCACAGUCAGCAGGGAUCGCAACCACCGAGUCCUACCUCGAGCCGGAAGGAUCGUAGCUCACCGGGUCAUUCGAGGAAGAGCAGUUCGUCGUCGAAAAUUGCCAGCAGUAGAUCGAAGGGAGUUCCCCAAGGUUUCGGGUACGUCAAGAAGACGAAUGGAGCAGCGGUGGUGGACCAGCAAGGGCAGUCGCUGCUCACGGGUGGACGAACGGCACACGUUUCGGCUGUGCCUAGGUCGGGCAAACUGAAGGUUUCCGGCGGUACGCAGACCACGACGGCUGAUUUCCAAGCAAAAGCACAACAACAUCCGCAGUAUCGAAGUUUCUCAUUGACCGGACCGGGUGCGCAACAGCUGAGUCAAUCGGUCAAAGAAAGGUUUGGUUCCGGAACGCAUAGUUUGCCUAAGCCCGGUUUAGAUAUGCAUGUCUUCCAACAUAGAAUGUCCUCCCGUGGGUCCACUAAGCUGAACGACGGUAGCCUUAGCGAUACGCAAACCUACGCCGAAGUGAAGGCCGAUUACGGUAGCUACGCGAUGUGGCUGCGUCAUUCCAACACGGCCUCCAGCCGCCUAUCCGAGGGCGAAUCCCUCGAGACCUUUUCGAUCGGAUCCGGUGGCGGGGCGAGCAGCAGCGGUGGUGGUGGCUCAAGCUGUGCUGGCGGAGGAGUAGCAGGCUCUGGCAUUCCAGGUGCCACCCGUCCAAGCAAGCUGCUGCAUCACGCUCGGGGCGAAACGCAGCCUGCUAUGCACCACGCAGGAGGCGGUGGAACCACCCACAGUCCUCGGUUGAACAGAAGCAAUAGCAUAAGCUAUUUGAAAGAACGGACCUACCCCAGAUCUACCAAGUCGGAGAAGAUGUACCCGUCGAUGCUGAGCCGAGGACCGGACGUGGAAAUAGAGCCGUACUACUGCCUGCCGGUCGGAACCAUUACCGGUGGUGGUGGCCCUGGUGGUAGCAUCAACGGAAUGGUCCCCUGGAGUCAACCGACCUCGCCAACACCGCCGGCACGUGGCUUCGGUGGACUGCUAUCGCCCACGCACACCACCAGCAGCAGCAAUGCCUCCCACAGGCUAACCUAUCCGAAAAAGAACGACGAAGUGCACGGAAGCCAAGCGUCGCUCCUGUCCGGUGGUUCGUCACUGUACGGUUCGACCGAGGAGCGCCAGGCAACGGAAGUGCGGCGCCUCAAGCGGGAACUCAUCGACGCCCGGGACCAGGUGAUGAGCCUCUCCAGCCAGCUGUCAACUAACGCACACGUUGUGGCGGCAUUCGAACAAAGUUUGGCCAACAUGACCCAGCGGUUGCAAUCGUUGACAGCUACAACGGAAAAGAAGGAUAGCGAAAUUUUAGAUAUGCGACAAACAAUUGAGCUGCUGCGGAAGCAGUCGAUCCAGGCCGGUCUAACUACCGCCCAUAUGCAGAGUAUGGGCGUACAAGUUAACGGACAGGUCAAUGGAAAUGGAAAUACAGAUCAGACGACAGCGGCACCACUGCCAUCCGGUGCGGAAAUACAAAGACAUCAUAGUUCCGACUCUAUGUGCUCUUUGAAUUCGGUUAGCUCUGGCUGUUCGGCUCAAGACAAGAAGAAGAAGAAAGGAUGGUUACGGAGUUCCUUCACCAAAGCCUUCUCCCGGAAUGCGAAAAUCUCUAAAACCAACCGACACGUGAGUCAGUCUUCGAACCUGGACCAAGGAUCACCGGCGGCGGCGUCCGGAAAUCAUCAUCACCAUCACCACCACCACCAUCAUCAUCACGGUACCAAUAAUGGAAGCAACAACAGCAACAAUAACAAUAAUCACCAGCAGCAGCCUUCGACGAUGAUGACGACGACGACGUCGACGAUAACUACGACGGGACACGGCGAUAGGCCGCCCGGAAUUGGACCACCACCAGCAGGGAACGCACAACUGUCUCCGCCGUCGCCCACCAAGAACGGCGGCAGUCCGCACAAAAAGGUUACGCUGGUUGAAAAUGCCAAACCAAUCGACGCCGUUGAACAGAACGGCAACCCAGUGGUCGAAGACCUCAAGAAGCAACUUCGCGAAAAGGACCUGGUCCUCACAGACAUACGGUUAGAAGCGCUUAAUUCCGCCUCCCAACUGGAAUGCCUGAAAGACACCGUAAUGAAGAUGCGCCACGAGAUGAUGAACCUCAAGCAAAACAAUGAAAGACUGCAACGGUUGGUCACCACUCGAUCCCUAGCGGGAAGCGAAGUUUCGCUCGGCCCCGUUAGUCCUAGUGGCUCCAUCGGAGAACCACGGCGGUACAGUUUGGCCGCCGAUAACGGAAUGUCUCGACCACCUCUCGAACUGCCACAAAACCUCGACGAAACCGAGGAAGACAAUAUUCCACCUGCUCCGGCGCCGGAACCUCCCCCAGCUCCCCUGAGCCCUGCGAUCAUAGCAGAGCUCUCGCCAACGAUCGAACGGGCAGCGAUGGUCACCGAAAUACUAACCACCCCUGCCGAAGACGUUGCCGAUCCUGUGGAUGGCAAAAAGAUCGCUAUCGCGGUCUACCUCGGCCAGCCGGAAUCCUUCGCAAGAUACGCGGAAGAAAUGAACGAAUGUGAUAACUAUUACCACUCGUCCCAAGCGGGGAGUGACAUCGACGACAAGUCAGCAACCGAGAACGGUGACAAGAGUCGGAAAUCGUUCUCGGGUGCACCGGAAGGCAACAAUCCUAGUCCUAAUGAGUACAUCAUCGCCUUUACGUACAUCUCCGGCAAGACCACGUGGCAGAAUCUCGAUUACAUCGUGCGGAAAACGUUCAAAGACUAUCUGGGGAAAAUCGAUUCCGGGACCAACCUCGGUUUGAACACGGAUUCGAUAACAUCCUAUCAUCUGGGAGAAGCGAAGCGUGGCCCGGAGAUGGGAUUCCCGGAGCUACUCCCUUGCGGGUACAUCAUCGGAAACGUAAAAACGUUGUACAUUUGCCUCCAGGGCGUCGGAAGCUUAGCUUUCGAGAGUCUGAUCCUGCGGAACAUCGUGCAUAGGUACAUCUCACUGUUGACGGAGCACCGACGGUUGAUUCUGUGCGGCCCCAGCGGCACCGGCAAAUCCUACCUAGCGAGAAAGCUUGCGGAAUUCCUGGUGGCACGGUCAGGUCGCGACAACCCCGCGGAAGCGAUCGCCACGUUCAACGUCGACCACAAAUCCUCCAAAGAGCUCCAGCAGUAUCUGGGGCACAUUUCCGAGCAGGCAUCGAUGUCCGAGGGUGCCGUGGAGGAACUGCCAGCUGUGAUAAUUCUGGACAACCUGCACCACGCGUCCGCACUGGGGGAUGUGUUCUCCUGCUUACUGAGUGCCACCGCUGCCAAGCUGCCUUGCAUCAUUGGGACGAUGUCGCAGGCCACCUGUAACACCACGAAUCUCCAGCUGCACCACAAUUUCCGAUGGGUUCUAACGGCCAACCACAUGGAACCGGUGAAAGGCUUCCUUGGUCGGUAUCUCCGGCGAAAGCUGUUCAACAUGGAACUCCACUCGCAAACCCCUCAACCCCAGUUGGAGAAGGUCCUGAAGUGGCUCCCAUCGGUGUGGCAGCACAUCAACAGUUUCCUGGAGACGCACAAUUCCAGUGACGUUACCAUCGGACCCCGACUGUUCCUGUCCUGUCCUAUGAACCUGCAGGACUCGCAAAGCUGGUUCACCGACGUGUGGAACUACCAUCUGGCUCCGUACCUGAUGGACGCCGUUCGGGAGGGAGUUCAGCUGUAUGGGCGACGAGGAGGAACUUGGGUUGAUCCUUGCACGUUCGUUCGGGAGACGUACCCUUGGCCAAUUGGACCGACGACGGUGCCACAGCUAAGGCAGAUCACGGCUGACGAUGUGGGACUGGAGGCCAGUGCUCCGGCGAAUUCCGAGAAUCAGGAUCCGUUGCUGAAUAUGCUGAUGCGGCUGCAGGAGGCGGCCAACUACAAUGGCAACCAGGAGCCGGACUCCGACUGUGCCAGUUUGGACUCGAACAUGACCCAUGAUAGUUCGGCUGGGGCUGAUUAAAGAGGUGGAUUUUCGAUGGGUGACUUUUAGGGUAGUUACGGAGAUUUAGAGCUGGCGAGACAAAAUAUGCGCACUUUUUUAGAAAAGGCCCGAUUGUAGUCUUGAAACACAUCAAGGCAUUGAUUCUAGUUGCCCGUAAAAUUACAAGAACACACAUUUUAUGAUUUUAUACUGUAAUUUCUCAUAAGCCUUUACUCACACAGAUGUCCAAUUCUUUAUUGGUGUAGAGAGCUGUCCACACAGAUUCAUGAUUCUGGAAUGAGACUGCAAAUCAGAAACCAUCACGUGUCAAAGGUAAUGAAUGAAAACCAGGCACGUUGUUUUCCCUAUGUUGAUUCAAUGUGAUUAAUUUGCAAUAUCAAACAGCGUCACAUGGGAAAUUAAAGCUUAACAAACUUUUCAUCGCUCGUUACAAGUGGAACAUUGGAACAAUGAAGCAGCAUAAACCAUGCCGCGGCGAAUAAUUAAUUGAAAUGUAAGGAAGUGGACAACAAAAAUAAUAAUAAUUAAACUCAUUGUUGUGUGAUGAUGGGGCUACUCGCUCCAACCGACCAACCAAUACCUACCUACAUGAUAAGUGGCACCGGGGGUCAAAAGUAAUUGAACACAAAUUCGAUGAGAGCUACUGAGCGGGUAUGCUGUCAAUGUGUGCUUUAAUUGAAACCAAUGAGUUUUAAACUCAAUCAAAUUAAAUUUUGCAUUUUUUAUCGUUUUCGAUUGGUUUGUGAAUUUAAAAAUUUAUUGGCUCCGUUUAAUGCUGUCCAUGAAUAACCAAGGCUUCUUGAAUCAUGUUAACUGCUUCGAUGCUUUCAAACCCAGAAAAGGCAACUAGAAUCAAGCAAGGAAACCGGAAACAAUAAUAAAUGUUUGAAACUGUGACACUCUACUAAAAUAGUAAGCCCCAAAUUUUCCCCAUUCUCCAGCUGUUUUAUACGCAACGCCCCUCAAAUGGACUGAUCGUGGAAUGUAUGUAAAGUAUAUGCUUAAUUCACUUGUUAGACUGUACAUAUACACAAAAUACACAAAAAAAGCGAAGGGAUUAACAUCAGAAAGUCUUUAUACAACACUCUAAGGGUACCAUCUUUAGCUAGAAAACGGAAUAAAUUAUAUUUAAGGAGUAUUAUAGAACGAUACUCACCAAGUUAGGCAAUGUAACUCACACACUCACAUAACAACCAGACAAAUACAACGUAUAAGUACGCGUAUCUCAGUGUAGAUUUUUGUACCGCAUUGUAGAAUUGCUUCAAAAGCUUUAAUAUUCAACGCCAAUUUGGAUAUUCUCACACACUCACAGCCAUUUACUAAUACAAUAACUUAUUCUAUAUACAAGAAGGGUAGCGUUAAGUCAAAGUUGAGACAUUUCCAACAUCAUAGCUGCUACAAGUUGAGUCAAGCAUUAACCCCCUCUUAUGUGUUAAACAUACACGUAGCAAGCAGAAAAUUUCCAAAGAAACAUCUUUCACGACCAUCAGCAAGGUUUUCGUUCUAGAUAGUCGCCAAUUUCCCCCUAGAUACCAUAAAGGGCAGGGUACUCGUCAACGACCAGUUGCAGCGACUUGCAAGAAUCAAUCGUAGCUAAUUGAUGUCCCCACGACGAGUGCCGCCACGGGUUCUGCGCGAGAGUCUUAUGAUGGGGGUAGAAUGUGCUUUUGCAUGUCCCGCACCUAUCGAAAGCGGCAGCUACUGUCCCGCUAAAUUGAACUUAAUUGCGAACAAUUGAACGUGGACAACAAAUCAAUGAACAUCAGAUUCACGGAACUGUGGGAACUCCUAACGGAGUUGGACUUUAAUCCGAAGAAUGCCAAUUUACUAUUACUAGAUCUGUACUAGAGACCAUAUACCAAUUGCACACUCUAUUGGAUCACACUAUUAUUGGUGCAAAGCAUAUUGAGAGGAAACGUUUGUUUUCGGACAGUGCGGAAGCCGAUGGGUUCAAAUCAAUAAUGAGGAAUGGAAAGAACAACAACAAACAACAACUAUUGAAGGAAACAAAAAUAACAAAACUUUAUUGCUAUUAUAUUAUAUUAUACAACAAACCACAGAACAUCAAACUACCCGUAUGUAGUAUAUUGUGCGAUGGGGUGGCAAGCGAACGAGCGAAACGCCUCGUUUAUUGAAUAUCGGAUCUUCAAUAAACAACCAACCAAUGGAAACGUGA